CCUUCAGGAGAAUAUAAAAAAUGUACAGUGUCACUUCAAAACUACUGAGCCAAUCGUUUGCUGCGAGCCUUUAGAUAUCUCUAAGCUGCUACCUCCACCCCCUGCCUCACUGACAAAUUCUUCAUCGCCUCCGAGUCCAGGAUAUAAGAGUAAACAGAAAUGCGUGGAAUACGCAGAGUACGUAUCCUUCAAAACUCCGGUCUUUUACAAAGCCACCAAAGGAAAGGACGCACAACCUCAGGAGUAUCCACACAUGGCUUUGAUAGGUUACGGAGAGAAAGAUUCUAUCGAGUGGCUCUGUGGCGGCAGCUUGAUCAGCAGGAAAUUCGUGAUCAGCGCUGCCCACUGCACUGACAGUGGAAUCCAAGGACUGGCCAGUUGGGUGCGACUAGGAGAUUAUGACGUAUCUACCAACAAUGAUGAAAACCACGGCCUAGCCAAGGCUGAAGACUACGAGAUCAUAGAGAGAAUCGACCAUCCAGACUACCAAAGUCCUUUUGCGUAUAACGAUAUCUCUCUGUACAAACUGGAACGGGAAGUACAACUGAACGAGUUCAUCAGACCCAUCUGUCUUCACACAGGAGGCAAGAUCGGUGGUAACGGUUUUGCCCUCGCUACCGGAUGGGGUAGUAUGGGAUGGCUACUGAAAGGCAGUAAGGUGCUACAGAAAGUGAAACUGGAGCUUAAAGCAAAGACUGUCUGCGAGACAUCUUACAAGGCUGGUCCCAGAUUACGCGACGGUAUACAAGUAUCUUCCCAGUUUUGUGCUGGAGACUCGAUAAACGGUGCAGACACCUGUCUGGGUGAUUCUGGCGGGCCAAUUCAGGUUGCCCUGGAUACACCUCAUGCCAUGUACAGCCUAAUAGGUGUCACCUCCUUCGGCGGCAAGCCUUGUGGCGGGAACAAGCCUAGCGUCUACACGAGAGUCUCUAACUACAUUCCCUGGAUAGAGAAAACCGUCUGGCCUAACUUUCCAUUAGAUACGUAGACUGAAGCGAUGCAAUGUUUAUAAGAUCUCAUUAUUUAUUAUAAUUUUUUAUAUUAUUAAAAAGCAAUCAUUUUCUAAACUUGAUAAUUAAAUGAUAACAAUUUAA